AUGGCUCUGCUCAGCCCGUCGAUCAGCGCGCUCAGGCGGCUGUUGUCUAUUUGUGAGACCUAUGCAAGUGAACACGGCCUUAGAUAUAAUGUCUCCAAGAGUGAGCUUUUGGUCUUUAAGGUGGGUAAAGCAAAACCUGUGCAUGUUCCACCUGUUACUAUAAAUGGGACCGCGCUUAAAAUAGUAUCAAAAUUUAAAUACCUGGGACAUAUCAUUAACGAGGAUCUCAGAGAUGAUGAUGAUAUUGAGAGGGCAAGAAGAGCGUUAGCCGUGCGCUGCAAUAUGCUAGCCCGCCGGUUUGCGCGGUGUACAGUGGAGGUCAAAAUUGCACUUUUUAAAGCUUUUUGUCAACCACUGUAUACAUGCGCCCUGUGGGUGGCAUAUACGAGGCGGGCGUUUGACGCUCUUCGUGUCCAAUACAAUAACGCUUUCAGGAUGCUGCUCGCGCUCCCGCGAUACUGCAGUGCAUCUGGCAUGUUCGCUGACGCUAGAACUGACGACUUUCCGUCAGUUUUACGCAAGCGUACAGCGUCACUGAUGUGCAGAGUUCGCGAGAGUGACAACAGCAUACUGAAGGCGAUAUGUGGGCAAGCUGACGGCGCGAUAGCGGCGCACUGGGAGCACGUCCAUGUCCAUGUUUCUAGUGCGCCGGUACCGUGGCGCAAAUACGCCAAAUAG